GUAAUAGUAGCCACCAACAUUGCUGAGACCUCCAUCACAGUUCACGGAAUUGCAUUUGUAAUUGAUUGUGGUUUUGUGAAGCUUCGGGCCUAUAACCCCAAACCAGCCAUCGAAUGCCUUGUGGUGGUACCAGUAUCUAAAGCUUCGGCUAAUCAGAGGGCAGGACGUGCCGGCCGGGACCGCUCUGGGGAAUGUUACAACAAGGAGGACUUCGAGAAGCUGCCGAAGUCCACGGUUCCCGAGAUGCAGCGCAGUAACCUGGCACCCGUCGUCUUGCAGCUGAAGGCUUUGGGAAUUGACAACGUGCUCAGGUUCCCCUUUCUCUCACCACCUCCUGCACAGUCAAUGGUGCAAGCUUUAGAAUUGCUGUAUGCUUUAGGAGGUUUGGAUAUGCACUGCCGUUUAACAGAGCCUCUUGGAAUGAGAAUAGCAGAGUUUCCUUUGAAUCCUAUGUUUGCAAAGAUGCUUCUGGAAUCAGGAAAUUUUGGCUGCUCCCAGGAGAUUUUGACAAUAGCUGCCAUGAUGCAGAUUCAAAACAUCUUUGUGAUCCCUCCAAAUCAAAAAGCUCAGGCUGCCAGGCAACACAGAAAGUUUGCUGUAGAAGAAGGUGAUCAUCUCACUAUGCUUAAUGUUUAUGAAGCCUUUGUCAAACACAGCAAGAGCUCUCAGUGGUGCCAGGAACACUUUCUGAACUACAAAGGGCUUGUUAGAGCUUCUGUUGUAAGAGAGCAGCUGAAAAAGCUUCUCGUCCGCUUUAAAGUGCCAAAGAAGUCCAGUGAAGGUGAUCCAGAUCCUGUUUUGAGAUGCAUAGUUUCUGGCUUCUUUGCUAAUGCAGCUAAAUUCCACUCUACUGGAGCUUACAGGACUAUCCGUGAUGACCAUGAACUUCAUAUCCACCCCACUUCAGUGCUGUAUGCAGAGAAACCUCCCCGCUGGGUAGUCUACAAUGAAGUCAUACAGACUGCUAAGUAUUACAUGAGAGAUGUGACUGCUGUUGAAUCUGCGUGGCUCUUGGAACUGGCUCCUCAUUUUUACCAGCAAGGAACGGUACGGAAUCGGCAUAAAGCCCAAACG